AUGGCUUCUUUAAGUUUUCAAGGCUAUGCCUUAAUUUGGUGGACAACCUUGGUCAAGGAUCAUAGGUUAAGACACUUACCUCCCAAGUAUUGGAAUGAGUUGAGAACUGCCUUGAGAAGAAGACAUGUACCAGCCUACUAUGAUAGGGAGUUAAUGGAUAAGCUCCACAAACUCCAACAAAGGAACAUGAGUGUUGAAGAGUAUAGGCAGAAAAUUGAGUUGCUCAUGUUGAGAGCUGGGAUAAGAGAGGAACCAAGGAUAACAAUUGCUAGGUUCCAAAGUAGACUCAACUAUGACAUAAGAGAUAGGUCACAAAGAGAGAAUCUAUUCCACACAAGAUGCAAAGUUUUGGAAAAGACAUGUUCAAUGAUUGUGGAUAGUGGCUCUUGUUGCAACUGUUGUAGUUCUAGAAUGGUAGAGAAGCUUGGCUUAACCACUACUCCUCAUCCUAAACCUUACAAACUUCAAUGGAUCAAAGAGGAUCAUGGAAUAGUAGUUAUAGAACAAGUAAGAGUACCCAUUUCCAUUGGCAAAUAUGAAGAUCAAAUUGUUUGUGAUAUAGUACCAAUGGAAGUUGGGCACAUAUUACUUGGAAGACCUUGGCAAUAUGAUAACCAAGAAUUUGAUGAUGUAUUUCCCAAAGAGGUACCAAAAGGAUUACCACCUUUGAGGGGAAUAGAAAAUCAAAUAGAUUUGGUGCCUGGGGCAAGCCUACCUAAUAGGCCAGCCUAUAGAACCAACCCUAUGGAAACAAAAGAAAUAGAGAAACAAGUUAAUGAAUUAUUGAACAAAGGGUGGAUCCAAAAGAGUCUAAGUCCUUGUGAUGUGCCUGUGUUGUUGGUCCCUAAAAAGGAUGGAACUUGGAGAAUGUUUGGAAAAGAAGGUGUACAUGUUGAUCCAGAGAAGAUCAAGGCUAUACAAGAAUGGCCAACCCCUAAAAAUGUAGGAGAGGUGAGAAGUUUUCACGGGUUAGCAAGUUUUUAUAGAAGAUUUGUGAAAGACUUCUCCACCAUAGCUGCUCCUUUAAAUGAGCUAGUCAAGAAAGAUAUUCCUUUUCUUUGGGGUGAUAAGCAAGAGUUGUCUUUUGAGACUUUGAAACACAAGUUAACUCAUGCACCUAUUCUAGUUUUGCCUGAUUUUUCCAGAGCCUUUGAACUAGAAUGUGAUGCAUCUGGGAUAGGUAUAGGAGCUGUUUUAAUACAAGGAGGACAUCCCGUAGCUUACUUUAGUGAAAAACUUAGGGGGCCUACCUUGAACUAUCCUACCUAUGACAAAGAGUUGUAUGCCUUCAUUAGAGCUUUAAAAACUUGGGAGCAUUACUUGGUAACUAGAGAAUUCAUCAUACACAUUGACCAUGAAUCUCUCAAGUACAUUAAAGGGCAAGCAAAGCUAAACAAAAGACAUGCAAAGUGGGUGGAAUACCUGGAGCAAUUUCCCUAUGUCAUCAAACACAAAAAGGGAAGUAUUAAUGUUGUUGCGGAUGCUUUAUCUAGAAGACAUGCAUUAUUAGGGUAUCUUUUUAAUAAAGGAAAACUUUGUAUACCCCAACGAUCCAUUAGAAAACUUCUUAUCAAAGAGAGUCAUGGAGGAGGACUCAUGGGCCAUCAUGGAGUUGAUAAAACUCUAAACAUUUUGAAAAGUAAAUUUUAUUGGCCACACAUGAGAAUAGAUGUUCAAAGACAUUGUUCUAAAUGUAUAGCUUGUUUACAAGCUAAGUCCAAAAUUAUGCCUCAUGGACUCUAUACACCUCUUCCUAUAGCUAAUACUCCUUGGGAGGACAUAAUCAUGGACUUUAUCUUAGGAUUGCCAAGAACUCAAAGGGUGUAUGAUUCUAUAUUUGUGGUAGUAGAUCGUUUUAGUAAAAUGGCUCAUUUUAUACCCUGCCACAAAGUAGAUGAUGCUAGCUAUAUCUCUAGACUCUUCUUUAAAGAAAUGGUGAGAUUGCAUGGCUUACCCAAAACUAUAGUGUCUGAUAGAGAUGUGAAGUUCCUAAGCCAUUUUUGGAAAACUUUAUGGGAAAAGCUUGGAACUAAACUUCUAUUUUCUACUACAUGUCACCCACAAACUGAUGGGCAAACUGAAGUAGUAAAUAGAUCUUUAUCUACAUUAUUAAGGGUAAUAUUAAGAGGUAAUAACAAAUCUUGGGAUGAACAUCUACCUCAUAUUGAAUUUGCUUAUAAUAGAGUAGUCCACAAGACUACUAAUCUUUCUCCUUUUGAGGUUGUUUAUGGUUUUAACCCUAUCACACCUCUUGAUUUACUACCUCUUCCCCUAGUUUGGCUUCAUUUGAGAAAAGAAAGAUUUCCCUCUCAAAGGAAGUCCAAACUUAGUCCAAGAGGAGAUGGUCCAUUCAAUUUAGUCAAAAAGAUAAAUGAUAAUGCAUACAUCUUAGAUCUCCCUGAAACUUAUGAUCUGAGGACAGAUCCUUUUAAUUCUGCUGCCUUCAUUCUGCUCACUGGAACGUUUGCUGUUUGGCUUCCUGGUUCAAUGAGUCUCACCCAUAGCAAGCUUCCAUCAGGGAGAGAAAGGAUGAAGGCUUCUCAGAGUAGGCAAAAAUCCUAUGUUGAUCAGAGACGGAGACCGUUAGAGUUUGCGGUUGGGGAUCACAUUUUCCUUAGAGUGACUCCUAUUACUAGUAUAAGCAGAGAAAUUCGUUCUAGGAAGUUGUCUCCAAGGUUCAUUGGUCUAUAUCAGAUUCUAAGGAAAUAUGUGCCAGAUCCUUCUCAUGUGUUAGAGGUGGACGAUGUGCAUGUCAUAGAUGAUCUCUCAGUGGAUGUUCAGCCCAUAGGGAUUGUGGAGAGCUAG